AUGGAGGGCUUUCUCCAAGGUGAUCUAGAUAGUGCGAAGAAAGAGAUAGCAAUCGUCCGGGGAAUUAUGAAAGGCACCCACCAUUUCGCACCUCCUCUGAAGGAAUCGCGCAAGGUCGGCGCGCUUAAUUUAAUAUAUUCCAAUCAAUGUGGGAAAGAGUUGUUAGGGUUCACUUUCCGUUGUAGGAAUCCCAUUUACGGAAAAGCAAUGGAGCAUUAUUUCCAAGAGGUUGCCGGUCGAGUGGAGAUACGCGAGCAACACCUUGAUAUGGACCUGGAGCAAAUGAUCCAUUUCCGCAGCCGCUCUAUAGGAGCAGUACCAGCCAUAGCACUUGCUGAGCAGGCGUCAUCCCCAUGGUAUUGA